AUGAAGCCCAUUCAAUUUUAUGAUCUUCUUCUUCCAGCCCUCGGAGAGAAAGCUUGGUCCCCAAAUACCUACAAGACACGUUUUACAUUGAAUAUAAAGAAACUUCCCUAUGAAACAACCUGGGUUACUUUUAAAGAAAUUUACACUUUGAUUCCGGACAUAACAAAGACCGGUAAUCCUCCUACUGUACCUAUCAUUGUAGACACCGAGAAAGAAAAGGCUAUUCAGGAUUCCCUCAAGAUUGCCCAGUAUUUGGAAGUCACAUACCCGGAAUCCCCUAGUUUAUUUCACGGAGACGAGGAGCUACACAGAUCUUUCCAAGCAACAUUCGACACUCGUCUGGUCCUUCAUCUCAUAUGUAUUAUCGUAUUGAAAGUAGUCAAGGCAUGUGGUGAUGAAGCUGCGCAGGCCAGGUUCCGAGAGGUUCGGGAAGCCAAAUAUGGAAAGACUGUUGAGCAGUUUGCAGGAGAUCCAGAGGACCACAUUAAGCAGAUUCACGAAGUAUUGAAAGAUACCAGAAAGAUCUUGGCAGAGAAGCCUUAUUUGACCGGAUCUAAAGUCGGGUGGGCCGACAUUACAUUAGCUUCUCAAUUGAGGACAGUAGACGCCCUGGAUCAUGAAUUAUUUGAUUCAAGGAUAUUGGAUGAUACAAACGGAGGAAAGUCUUUAAGAGAAUGGUAUGAGCGCAUGUCUGUGUACGCAUAG